AUGACCGCCGACAUUGACGCCCAUGACCAGCCCCCGUCCUACGAUGACGGAGCGAGUAAUGACGUCAAUGCCUUGGUCUCACCAACCAUCCACGUCCUCGCAGGACAGUCUAUCCACACCGAGUCCGCUCAUGGCGCUCCGCUCUACCUGCUAGACCGGGGCAUCGCAACUCUGUCGUACGCCACGUCAGAGGUGGAGUUUAUGCGGGUUGAUAGGUUGGUCAUGCAGGAUGCCAACGACGAGCCGACGAUCAAGCCGCGAACGAGGCACAUUUACGAUAUCAAGCAUAUCAAAGGAGUUUAUGGCACGCUAAGUUCGCUGGAGUCGAAAUCCCCGCCGAUCUUUAUCCAGGCAACCUCGAAGAAGAACUCUGUUGGGCACUUGGGCCUGAAGAAGUCCCACAUGAGAUCGCAUUGGAAGGUGUUGCCUGUUGAUGUCUCAGGCAAGAGCAGCAAGUACGGCCAACCGGCCUUUUUCAAAGAUGCUAAGCCCGUAUUUGAACUUCGCCACAAACGUGGGAGGUAUGAAUGGGUGGAUCCCGAAGGCAACGCUAUUGCCGUGGAGGAUGAGGGCGAAGAUCAAUAUCGUGAGAAGGAAAUUUGCGCUUGCAAAGGAGCUUGA